CAUAUGGGAUAUUAUCUCAGAUCGAGUCAUUAAUCGCUGGUUUUAGGGAACUGAGCAGAACUGCCCGUAAUUCAUUCGAAUUUGAGGAUGGUAAAGGAAACGAAGUUGUACGAUAUUUUGUGUGUGAAUCCGAGCGCCUCGCAAGAUGAAAUAAAGAAGUCCUACCGCAGACUAGCAUUGAAAUUCCAUCCGGAUAAGAAUCCAGGCGCCGGAGAGAAAUUCAAAGACAUAUCGUACGCUUAUGAAGUUCUUUCUGAUUCUACAAAGCGACAGGCGUACGAUGAAGGCGGCGAGGAAGGUCUGAAGAAAGGGAGCGGUAGUGGAUUUCAUAAUCCAAGCGAUGUUUUCAACAUGUAUUUUGGGGGUGGCGGAGGGCGACGAAACCAACCAACCCGCGGAAAAGAUAUUGUACAUCGCCUGCAGGUUUCAUUAGAAGAUAUGUACAACGGCGCUACUAGAAGGCUGUCUCUGAAAAGAAAUGUAAUCUGUUGUGAUUGUAGCGGACGUGGUGGAAAAGAAGGUACAAUACAGACGUGCAAAUAUUGCCGGGGAACUGGGUUCAAAGUUCAAAUAAAACAAAUCGGUCCUGGAAUGGUGCAGCAAACACAGUCACAAUGCCGAGAUUGCAAUGGCGAGGGGGAGUUUAUUCAUGACAAAAAUCGCUGCAAAGAAUGCAAUGGGAAGAAAACAAUUAAACAAAACAAAAUUCUAGAAAUUCAUGUAGACAAAGGAAUGAAUGAAGGACAGAAAGUCACAUUCCACGGAGAAGCGGAUCAAGCACCAGACAUGGAACCAGGCGACGUUGUUAUUGUGAUAAUGCAAAAAGAACACGAUAUAUUCAGAAGACAAAAACAAGACCUCAUUUACAAAAUGGGUCUGACUUUAACGGAAGCACUUUGCGGUUUCAAAAAAGUCAUUCGUGCUUUGGAUGGUAGAGAAAUUGUGAUCUCGUCACCCCGUGGUGAAAUUAUCAAGCAUCUGGAUACCAAAUGUGUUAUGGAAGAAGGGAUGCCGGUUUAUCGGGACCCUUAUCAAAAAGGUAGACUCAUAAUCCAGUUUAGCGUUGAGUUUCCCCAAAGUGGCUGGGCUUCAGAGGCGGAUAUUAUAAAAUUAGAAAGUUUAUUGCCGGAAAGGGAGAUAGAACUUAUUACCCACGAGAUGGAAGAAGUGGUUUUAUCAGAAUUUGAUCCCAAUGCCAAGUUUCAUACAGCAAAAGAAGCGUAUGAAGAGGACGAGGAAGACGGAUGUCCACGCGGCGGAAAAACCAUGGAAUGCCAAACCCAAUAGAUGCCGUAGUUUAAAUGUUUUAUGAAAACAAAUAAAAGAUUGACUUUUUAUGUCAUCAAAGUAAGCAAACGAGCCUUGCUUCACUAAUACAAACUUCGGAAUUCAAUUUUUUCUAGUGGUUUGGAAUUGAUCAAACUGAUCAUAGAGUUGUGCUUUUUUAACGCAUUUUUAAACCUAUUCACUUCAUUUUUCGAAAAUGUAUAUAUAUAUAAUACAAUUUAUGAUCCUCAACAUUAUACAGUACUUUCAAUGUUUUGUGAAAAAUUGUCAUUUCUUCUAUUUUUUUUUAAAUUUAGAAUACACUAAAUUGGCCGGUUAUUCCGUCGGGAAUGGUAUCCCCCAUUAGCUAUGUUUAAAGUAGGCAAGUCUAUUAGAACAUGAGUAUAUAUCAGUCAAUCAUUUCAUGAUUUGCUGCGUUUAA